UCCAACCUCCUUCGACAACGAAGAGAAAGGCAUCCAAUGUAUAAUCGUAGGCGGCUACCGUCGCGGAAAACCCCUCUGCGGCGACGUCGACCUCAUCCUCACCCACCCAGACGAAUCCCUAACCAAGAACCUGGUCGUCGACGUAGUCGCCAGCCUGGAAUCCUCUGGCUGGAUUACCCACACCCUAGCCCUGCACUUAAUGACCUCUAACCGCGACCAACAAACCCUCCCCUACCGAGCAAGUAACGCCGACAGCACGGGCAAGAACUUCGACACCUUAGAUAAAGCCCUCGUCGUAUGGCAGGAUCCUCACUUCGACGACACUACGAACCAACCGGAAACAGAAACUCCUCAAGAAGCAGAAGAAGAAGAACACUACGCAAAGAGUAAACGCAACCCAAACCCCCACCGCAGAGUAGACAUUAUCAUCUCCCCCUGGCGAACAGUCGGGUGUGCCGUUCUCGGCUGGUCAGGCGAUAAGACCUUCGAAAGAGAUCUACGACGGUAUGUGAAGAAGGCGCAUGGGUGGAAGUUUGAUUCCAGUGGAGUUAGGGAGAGGACUUCGGGCGGACAGGUUAUUGAUCUUGAGGCUGAUGGGGAGACCUGGGAGGAGAGGGAGAGGUUGGUUAUGGAGGGGUUGGGGGUGGGUUGGAGGGGACCCGAGGAGAGGUGUACCAGGUAA